AUGGCGAACUACCUCGCCAGUAUCUUCGGUACCGAAGCAGACAAGGUCAACUGCUCCUUCUACUACAAGAUUGGCGCGUGUCGGCACGGCGACCGCUGCUCGCGCAAGCACGUCAAGCCCUCCUACAGUCAAACUAUCCUCCUCCCCAACCUCUACCAAAACCCAGCCUACGAUCCAAAAAACAAGAUGAAUGCCAGCCAGCUGCAGAAUCACUUUGAUGCUUUCUACGAAGAUUUCUGGUGCGAGAUGUGCAAGUUUGGAGAGAUUGAGGAGGUGGUUGUGUGUGACAAUAAUAAUGAUCAUCUCAUUGGCAAUGUCUACGCACGCUUCAAGUAUGAAGAUUCCGCGCAAAAGGCCUGCGACGCUCUCAACUCACGAUGGUACGCCGCGCGUCCGAUCUACUGCGAGUUAUCACCCGUCACCGAUUUCCGCGAAGCCUGCUGCAGACUGAAUAGUGGGGAAGGAUGUGUUCGUGGCGGUUUCUGCAAUUUCAUCCAUAGAAAGAACCCGAGCCCGGAGCUGGAUAGGGAGAUUGAAUUGAGCACGAAGAAGUGGUUGAGGCUUAGAGGCAGGGAUGAGAGAAGUGCGAGCAGGAGUCCAAGUCCUGAGCCUACGAGGAAGAGAUACUAG